AUGGCCUCAUCACCCGCAUUGUUCACAGCCUCUUGGGGCCAGACGCUGACGUACCUGCUGGCGGUUUGCCCCUUCUCCAUCGGGUUCCUUGUUUUCAUCAAUUCCUCCGUGUCGUUUGUCGUCACGGAUCUGAUCGGGAUCCACGAGGGGGAGGGCGAUGCAGUCGGAACUUUGGGAUUUGCCGAUGAGCUCCUCGCUCUCGCUGCUUGCCCGCUUUGGGGUGUUCUAUCGGAUCAAAUUGGCGUGCGCUAUGUAUGUGCUAUCGGCUACGCUGUGAUUGCUCUUGCAUUGGUUCUCUUCGUGCAAGCCACGAACGUGUACCCCCAGCUUCUUCUGGGAAGACUGCUCUUCAGUAUCGGGGGCUCUGCUGUGUCGACGAUGGUCACUGCCGUCCUCCCCACCGUCACGGGUAGGACGUUCCGAGAUCAGGCGUACCGGGCGUCCGUCUCAUCGGAAUUGACCAUUACUCCCGCUCGGAUGAAUGGCGGCCAGAAUGGUGUCAAUAAUCCUUCUUCCCGUGCUUCGCCUUCUGCCCGACUUUCUGGGUAUGUUGGAUUGUUCGCGGGAUGUGGGGCUCUUAUCUCCCUUGGCGCCUUCCUGCCUCUCCCAGCCCGAUUCGAAAAGCUGGGGCUUUCGCCUGCUGAAGCAAUUCAGCGCAGUUAUUAUUUGGUGGCUGUCGUUGCAAUUGUAGUCAGCCUAAUCACCUUCGUCGGUCUCCGCAAUCUGCCUGACGAGGAAGGGAAAGGGUGGAGAGCAUUGUGGAAUUUUCAUUCUUCGCAGCCUCUGGACGACGAAGACGAUGAAGCUUUCGACAGACCGGCAAGGCUACCAUACUGGAAACAACUGAGCACUGCUCUCCUUUUGGGUUUCCGGAACCGCAGUAUUGGCCUGGGCUAUGUGGGAGGGUUUGUCGCCCGGGCGUCGUCGGUGGGCAUCUCGCUUUUCAUCCCUCUGGCUGUCAAUCACUAUUAUCGCGCAUCGGGCCUUUGUGACGAGGAUCACGAGCCAAUUCCUGGUUCUGGCCUUGGAGAUAUCAAGAAAGCAUGCCCGCGCGCCUACAUCCUUGCAUCAAUUCUGACCGGAGUAUCCCAGCUGGUUGCCUUGAUCGCAGCACCGGCAUUCGGGUAUCUAACCGACGAGUCCCGGCGAUAUAAUAUGCCUCUUCUCGUGGCCGCCUUGGUCGGCGUGGUGGGAUAUUUGGCACUCGGGCUGAUGCCCAACCCGCAAUAUCAUGGCCCCGAUGGCAACGCGGGAGUAUUCGUCGUCAUGGCCCUUCUCGGCAUUAGUCAGAUCGGUGCCAUUGUUUGCAGUCUGGCAGUGCUCAGCAACGGCAUUUUGGAGGUGAGCGUGGACGAUGAGACACUGCCCAAAAUCUUCUCCGAGCGGACUGUCGAUCGCGACGGGGCCAGUGGGGAGACGGGCGAGAAUCAGCCCCUUCUGGCCGGGUCGGUGAAUCGCCGGCUGCAGCGCCUGUCACAUCUCAAAGGCUCCAUUGCCGGGGUCUACUCGCUGUACGGCGGUGCGGGAAUCCUGCUCCUCACGAAACUGGGUGGGUUGCUGUUUGACGUGCUGUCGUCGGGCACGCCGUUCUAUAUCAUGGCUGCGUUCAAUGGGGUUUUACUUGCGACGGGCAUCGUGUGUGGAAUCAUGAACCACGUCGCACCGUCAAAGCAUGUGUCAGCUUAA